GUGGCCUCCCAUUGUUCAGGGUGGGUUCAUAAGACCGUGCCUCUGAGAGCUCUGGACCAGUCCACCACAAGGCAUCAGGAUGGUGAAAGCAACUGAGAAGAUGCACAAUCUGACACAGGAUGUUAUGUCAUCAACUUCGACAUCCAAACCAAAGAGAGGGACAAUCUGCCACAUACCAGAUGCUGUGCCAUCAACCUGGACUUCUGAACCCAAGACAGUGGACAUUUGCCUCACACCUGAUGUUGAGCCAUCAACCUCGACUGCUGAACCAAAGACAGUGAAGAUCUGCUGUCAUCAGUCCAAGUCCAAAUGUAGCAAGAAGAUUAGAACGCCCAAGGUGCCUACCAGGAAGAGCAAGAAAACCCUGCGAAGGACGCUGAAAAAAAAGACAACUAAGAACAACAAUACAGCACCUAAACGGCGUUUCGACUUGUGAUUGAGAAUGCCGGUAGACUCAGCAUGCCACCUAAAGGAGUUGUGGCAUCUGAGCAAUGGCCAACUGUGUAGAUACUGUAUAGUUACUACACAGUUCUUUGAAUCUCAAAAUAAAAUCAAUCUGAUAUGAAAA